GCGUAUUCUCAUUAUAUUUGCACUAAAUGUGGAACAAGCUUAUUUGCUUGCAAGAUUUGAACAUGUACUGAUUCGGAGUAAAAUGCGCACAAUUCAGAGUCUGCUGUUGGACAAGUUAAAAGAUCGCUGGAUGCACACUGGCUUAUGGAGGAACUUGGAGCUGGUUAAGACAGUCAUCGCAGAGCCUCAAGGAGGGGCAAAAAGUGACUUUGAUGAGCUGCUGAAAAUAUACUAUGAUGCAAUAAAAUGUAAAGGAGAAAAAGAUGGAGCACUUCUUAUAGCUGUAUGCAGAGGAAAAGUUAGUGAAGGCUUGGAUUUCUGUGAUGAGAAUGCCCGUGCAGUUCUAACCAUAGGUAUUCCGUUCCCAAAUGUGAAAGACCUUCAGGUUGAAUUAAAGAGGAAGUACAAUGACCAGCACAAAAAUACAAGAGGCCUUUUACCAGGGAGUCAGUGGUAUGAAAUUCAAGCUUAUAGGGCCCUGAACCAAGCCCUGGGAAGGUGUAUAAGACAUAGAAAUGACUGGGGUGCUCUUAUUUUAGUUGAUGACCGCUUCAGGAAUAACCCUAAUAAGUACAUAACUGGAUUAUCUAAAUGGAUUCGUCAACAAAUCCAGCACCAUGAGAGUUUUGGUAGUGCACUUGAAUCCUUGCAUGCAUUUGCUAUAAGAAACCAGAAGGGCGUUGAUUGUUCGUCAGAGUGCAGCAGUGAAUUUCUCCAUGUACAUUCAAAUUCAAAAGACCUGUCACAGGCCUCUCAGCGGGAGGCAACUAUUCAUCUGUCACCAGAUGUUCCUGCUAAAAGUGGCCAGAAAGUUGAUGUAGAGAGUCAUUCUCACCAUGUAACACUAAGAAGAAAACAUAUGGACUCCACACCUGAAAUGCCAGCAACUAAAACAGAGAGAGAAAAAAUGAAUGGUUGCACUAAUGCUGAUCUUAAGAAAGAACAUUGCUGCUUUAAACCACUGACUUCAACACCUUUGCCUGUAGCCAGGAACUGCAUGUCCACAGCUAGUAGCAAACAAAAGAAUGUGAAUAGCGCUAGUGAACUUAUUGAUAGUGUAAAUCAAUGCCAGCCAUCAUUAAUUUCAGAACAUGAACCAAAUGUAACAGAAUCAUGUUUGGAAAUAACUGGUUUUUCAGUUAAAAGUACUGAGGUUCCAGUUGCUGAAGAGCAUCCCGAUAAGCUACAGCUUCAAGUUGAGCCCUGCAGUGAGGUUCCUUAAGCAGGCGGGAAAUCUGAACUUUCAAUGUUAAACGUAUCCGCAGAAGCUGAAGAUGAGGAUGAGAGUAUAUACUUCACACCAGAACUCUAUGAUGACGUAGAAUCAGAGGAACAGGAAAUCAGACCACUGGUUCCAGCCUGUAAUGCAAAUAAGAAUCUGAUUGAAUGUGGGAAAUCCACAGUCCCUGAUGACUUUUUUGCAAUCAACACCUCAGAAACUCUAAGUGUGACUAAAAAAACGAUUGAUGAUGAUGGCAGAAGCACAAGUUUACAUGGAAUAAUGCAGAAUGAAGGGAGUAAGAAUAGUGCAGUUAAUAACAUAGAGAUACGCAGUGAAAUAGAAGCAGAGCAGAUAGCAUCUCAAGAGAUGGACACCAAAAACCGGAAAAUCAGUCUUUCCAGAUCGCGAAAUAAAGGUGUGUCAUCUUUUCUGUUGAACGAUACUAGCACAUAG